CAACUCACAAUCGACACAAACACAGUGAACACAAACCUCCAACUGUCUGACAACAACAGGAAGGUGACACAUGUGGAGGAGGUUCAGUCAUAUCCUGAUCAUCCAGACAGAUUUAAUGUUCGUCCUCAGCUGCUGUGUAGAAAUGGUCUGACUGGUCGCUGUUACUGGGAGGUCGAGUGGAGAGGAGACGUUUAUAUAUCAGUGAGUUACAGAAGAAUCAAAAGGAAAGGAGACAGUGAUGACUGUGUGUUUGGACUCAACGAUCUUUCCUGGAGUCUUUACUGUUCUGAUGAUGGUCCUCGUUCUGUCUGGCACAAUAACAGACAAACAUCCAUCUCCUCCUCCUCCUCCUCCUCCUCUGUCUCUAACAGAGCAGCAGUGUAUGUGGACUGUCCUGCUGGCACUCUGUCCUUCUACAGAGUCUCCUCUGACACUCUGAUCCACCUUCACACCUUCAACACCACAUUCACUGAAACGCUUUAUCCUGGGUUUGGAUUUUAUCCUGGCUCCUCAGUGAGUCUCUUGCUGAGUUGAGUGUAAAGAGUGUCCUCCUGUUAGAGAAACACUCUGACUGUUGAACAGAUAGUUCAGUCUGUACAUGUCUGUCUCUUUCACUCACAAACACGUUUUCAG